UCCGUAAAAUUUGAGAAUUGUUCUCCGUCGUCAAAGACACCGAUUUAGGGGUUAAAAAAUAUCGAUUAACCUCUGAUAUUUCUCUUAGCUGCAGUCUGCAGUGAGAAUCGGAAAAUCUCCGAACCCGCUACUUCCUAUCCUUUCAAAAGAGUGUGACUGUAAUAGUGAGCUAAACAACAUCGGCAGCUAGAUCGUCGAAGAAAACGAAAAAGAAAAGCUUUGAAAAUGGCUCAGGAGUCACUCUCAGAAACCCCCGAUAUCUCGCCCCCUUCGUCUACUGCACAAUCGCAGCCAGAUCCAUCUCUUUCAAGGAACGUUUCUUUUAGCCGGCUCAACGCACAGGCACCAGAAUUUGUGCCCACUCGCGCCUCCCCACGGGCCGAUUUUCAGCAACCUAGGCUCGUUGUACCACCUCCACCUCCUCCUCCAGCUUCAGGUAUACUACACGUUUACUCACCACCCCCAACUUCACAGUUCCAUGUACCGAUUCAAGGCCAUGUCGUCCCGGUCCAGAAUCACCACCAUCAUCUUGCUCAUCAGCAUCAUGUUCCGGCUCACUACCGCUCUCAUCAUCACCCUCAUCAGUAUUAUGUUAGCUCCGAUUCUGCCGUGCAGCAUUCUCAAGUUGACCCAGAUCAUGCUCUUUCUUCCAAAAGCAAGAUGUCUGACGAAGCCAGUCAGAAAAUUUUGAAUCAGGUGGAGUAUUAUUUCAGUGAUUUAAACUUAGCUACUACCGAUCAUUUGAUGAGGUUCGUCAACAAAGAUCCAGAAGGUUUUGUGCCUAUAUCUGUUGUUGCAUCUUUCAAGAAGAUUAAGGCCCUCAUAGCGAGUCAUUCCCAACUUGCAACUGUUUUAAGGAACUCGUCAAAGCUUGUGGUUAGUGAAGAUGGAAAGAAAAUCAAACGCCAGUAUCCCCUGACUGAGUCUGAUAUAGAAGAGAUACAAUCUCGCAUUGUUGUAGCUGAAAACCUACCUGAGGAUCAUUGCCAUCAGAAUCUUAUGAAGGUUUUCUCAGCAGUUGGGAGUGUGAAGACCAUCCGUACCUGUCCACCUCAAACUUCCAAUAGUGGGGCUUCUUCUGCUUCAAGAUUGGGAAAAGUUGAUGGGAUGCCUUUAUCUAACAAGUUGCAUGCAUUUGUUGAAUAUGAAUCUGUUGAGCUGGCUGAGAGAGCUGUUGCUGAGCUGAAUGAAGAGGGAAACUGGCGGAGUGGCCUCCGGGUUCGCCUGAUGCUUAGACGCAUGUCUAAACCUGCUCAAGGACGGGGAAAGAAGGGACUUGAUGUUGAAGUUGGCUGUGAAGAGGAUUCUCCUUAUGUGCCUGAGCCACAGGCAAGUGAGAAACAAUUAGAAGAUGCUUCCUUUCCUGAUACUCAGCUGCAUGAAUAUGUGCAGGGAGAAGAGCAUGGUCAUGACAAAGAGAGUGGGCAAAGAAAAGGUCGUAGCCGGGGCCGGGGUAAGGGACGUGGCCGAGUACAUUGUCAUCAAAAUAAUCGUGUGGGAACACCCUCUUCAAAUAAUACAAUUUUCACUGAUCAAGUCGUUGCCAAGCAACCCCCUGGACCCCGAAUGCCGGAUGGUACAAGAGGAUUUUCAAUGGGUAGGGGGAAGCCCGUAGCUGUUAAUAUAGCGUAAUUUGUUUGAUCAAUGCCCGAUACAAGUUUGUGGUUGUGCUUGUAGCGAGUAUAUGUUGGUGCUGUAACAGUGUGAUUGUCGCAGUACUAGUUUGGCUGGGGCAAUUCUAAAACAGUCUUCUUUUUUAACGUGUUUUUGUCUUUUGGAGAUGCUGUUGCCUGUGGCUAACAGCGGAGAAAGUAGAAAAAAGAAAUUUAAGGAUUGGCCAAAGUGGGGAGUCGGCACCUUAGGUGAAAAAUGUCUGAGAAAAGUAGAUAUGACGAUUUAAAGCACGUUUGAUUGUGUCUAGAAAAAAUAAAAUAUCUUAAAAACAUGAUAAUUAUUAGCUUUUUUUUAAUAAAAAAA